GCAGCCUCCCAUCCCUCCGGCGCUCCUCCGUGCCCGUCUCCCGCAGCGCCCACCGCCCACCCAGGGAAAGGAGGAGGCAGCUGAGUGGGUAGCUGUGCUUGCGUGCACGCGGGAGGGCGCCUGGGCACGGGUAAGCCGGAGCGAAGAGGCACCCUACGGCUCUGGGGGAGGGAUGCAGCGCCUCCCGCAGGGGCCGCUCAGGCGGCGGGAAGGAAGUGAGCAGCAGCACUAGGCUUGAGCCCGCCACCUCCAGGGGCUUCAGGCAGGUGAAGAAGUUGGACGGCCGCCUGGGAGCUGUGCCCGAGGCGGUUUCCUACCCGCCACAGGCAGAGAGUCGGUUUGGAGGAGCCCUCUUUCAGCGAGAGGUUCCCCCUGGAGUCUCCCAGGGGGGAUGGACGGCCAAACCUGCACAGCACAGAGCCGCUUGCCUCCCUCCGGACGAAAAGCCAAGCCAAAAGCUCCUUGUCCUCCGUCUGGGACAAAGAUCACUGAAUUUUCUUCUUUCGAUGAUUCAGAACUAACAAAGUUUACCAUGGAUCAAGAAGAGAAUAUAAUUGACAGAGACAUUGAGUUGUCGGUGAUUCUCCCAGGUGAUGUAAUCAAGUCUACUACUGUUAAUGGCAGCAAACCAAUGAUGGACUUACUGGUAUACCUUUGUGCACAAUACCGUUUAAAUCCUGCAAGCUACGCUAUAGAUGUGAUAUCAGCAGAGAAAAAACAGAUCAAAUUUAAACCAAACACACCUAUUGGAAUGCUUGAAGUAGACAAAGUGAUUUUAAAGCCAAAACAGAUGGAUAAGAAGAAGCCAACUCCUACCAUCCCAGAGCAAACUGUGAGAGUCGUAAUAAAUUACAAGAAGACACAGAAGACUAUUGUCCGAGUUAGCCCACAUGCACCACUUGAAGAGCUCAUACACACUAUCUGUAGCAAAUGUGACUUUGAUCCCUUACAAACUCUGUUACUGAAGAGUUAUCAGUCUCAAGAGGUUCUUGACUGGACCAAAUCACUUAAUGAACUUGGACUCAGAGAAUUAUAUGCCAUGAAUGUCAGCAAAGCCACACCAACUGCUGAAUUCAAUUUGUCUUCUUUACAAGACUCUUCUCAAAACUCGCAAAAUUUGGAGAAAGAAAAUAAAGGCUUCCUCAGCUUUUUUCAACGAAACAAGAAGAAACGAGAGCAAACUGCCAGUGCUCCUGCAACUCCAUUAAUAAGCAAGCCAAGGCCAGCCUUUGUCAUAAGAUCAAACACCGUUUCCAAACAAUAUGACUCUAAUACCCUGCCAUCUGAAAUGCCAAAGAAGCGACGAGCACCCCUGCCUCCGAUGCCUGCUUCUCAAAGUGUGCCCCAAGAUCUUGCGCAAACCCAGGACCGACCUUGUGUUGUGAAAUCCAGCAGUGUGGAUGAAACUAAUAAGGGAUUUUCAGAAGUAGGAAUAGUGAGAACAGGUUCACUUCAGCUCCGUGGCACAUCUUCAGUCAAUUCUUCUUUGAGGCGGGCAAAGCGCAAAGCACCGUCACCACCUCCUAGAAAACUUCAAGGCCAAAGUGACAACAGUAUUGAGACAGAAUCAGAGUCAGCAGAAUCAAUUCAUAAAGAAGGCACUGUGAAAGGAAGACACUCAGAAGUACUGUCUCCAACAGGCAAUGUAGUUGAUCUAACGGACACCACAGUGCCAUCAUGUGCCUCCUGCUGCUUUGGGUCAACCAAUCAUGAUCCAAACAAUAUCCAGCAAGUCUUGGAUGAAACUAAUCUUUUGGCUAAUACUUCUACUCCAGAUGAAUCUGAAGUGUCUCUUAAAUCUGACAGAGGUUCUGAAUACAGCCUUGAGGAGAUAGAUGAAAAGGAAGAGAUGCAUGAAGAAAGUGAAGAUGCCUCUCUCAAGAUGCAAGAGGUUUCUACCUCCUUCAGUGCUCCUGAUGAUCCACUUGAGAAUGGAAGAAGAGAGCCUGUUUCAUUGGCUUCAGGUCCCAGCAUUGGUGCUGAACAUAAUGUGAAAGACUUCAGUGAAGGGAAAGCAGAAAGUAUGACUGCAGUCAACAAAGCUCAACAGAGUCAGGAAAGUGCGAAAGUUGCACUUGAUGGCAAGCCACCUGAAGCAUUUCAGCCAGACACUAACAAUGAUCACAGUGAUGCAAAAGAUUUUCUGCCAAUGACAGAAGAAAGAAAAAUAGAUGCAGCAAAAAGGAGAGAAAGUAACACACUUGAAGGAGAAAGACCAUCAAACUGCAAAAUCUAUCAUGUUGACAUUUGUCUAAGUCAGCAGCACCAGCUUGAAGCACAUCUAGGGGAGAGUGAUCAGAAAUGGGAUCAGUCCAACUUGGAGCCAGUAAAGACUCAGGAUGUUGCCAUUCAGGCAACUCUAACUGAUGAGACUGCAUUAAGUAAGAGUAGAAAUACUCAGGAGUGCAAGCUGGAAAGCCCCAAGGGUUCAGUUCACAUGCACAACUCAGCUUUGGAGAAUCGACCUUCUGAGUUCCUUAACAGGGUACAUGAGAGCGUAGGAACCAUGACAGAGUUCGACCAUCAAGGGCAACAAGCAGCACAUGACAGAGGGUAUCUCAGUGACAACCAGAAUAAUACAUGUGAAAAAGAGAACCAUGUUCUGGCACAGAGAGUUGUCAGAAGUCCUGUUAGCCCUCCUACCAAAGGUUACCCACUUUAUCGACAAGAUUCAAAGCCUAAGCCUAAACCUUCCAAUGAGAUUACAAGAGACUACAUACCCAAAGUUGGAAUGACUACCUAUAAAAUAGUGCCUCCAAAAUCUUUGGAAACAUUGAAGAAUUGGGAAUCUGAUGCCGUGGAGGAUCAGGAAACAACCUGUUUGCAUACAUCUCCACACAAUAAGAAUUUGCAGGAAUUUAGUACACAAACAGAAAUUCUUAAUAGCCCCAGUCAAACAGGGCCUGCUUUUAGGCAUGAAGUUUUGUUUCCAGGGAAUGAUCCCGCACAGAAAACACACAGUGCUGCUUCCAGUUCCACCAUUUCUCUUAAUAAUGCCAAAGGCAAGAAAGUGGAAGCAAAACAUUCCAACUCUAAUCCAGACCACUUAAUAACUCCACUGGUGCUAAGCACAGAAAACAAAAGUUGUUCACCUCCUGCAGUGCCAGAAAAACCAAGCAUCUUAAGCCCUACAGCCAAGCCAAGCAAUUUUUAUUUGCAGAUGCAAAGGAGGGCUUCUGGUCAUUAUGUAACUUCAGCAAUUGCAAGAAGUGGUUCCGUUAAUAGCCCUACUCAAAAUGAAGCAAAGAGUGUAGCGAUGGAGAAAAAGCUGGCAUCACCAGAUCAGACUUCUUUUCCAUUUCCAAGAACAAUUAGUGUUCCUUCCCAGUUGGUAGAGGAAAAUACUGAAAAUGGUGACAGUGAGAAAAAAGCAGAGGUCUCCACUUCUCCUCCUGUAAAAAUGCCUAAACCUCUGAAUUCACCCCCCUCCCAGCCUCCUCCAUUAAAUCUGAAAAUUCUGAGGACUUUUGUUGUGCCACAACCAUAUUCAAGUUCCAGGCCCUCACCUUUUGCUCUUGCUGUAUCAUCAGCAGUUAGGAGGUCACAGUCAUUUAGUAAAACAUGUCCCACUACAAGCAGGCCGCUAAAAGAGCAGUCCUCUCUUGACCUUUCCUCCUCGGUGUCCAGCACAGAGGUAAAGAACCAUGCUCCUUUACAGAGCCCAACAGGAGGGCCACAACAGAGCAUGGCAGACAAGAAAAACAAUUAUUCAAGCAUUGAGCAAAACAGGCAGGUGCCCUCUUUAUCUGGCCACCCAACAACUGCUGUCUGUGAGAGAGGCACUGCUGUAGCACUCCAACGCCCUGACCCAGAACAGAUCCAUCAGAGCUUGCUGGCUGCAAUCCGCUCCGGGGAAGCUGCUGCCAAGUUGAGAAGGGUUGGCCCUCCAUCAAAUACUGUCGCUAUCAAUGGAAGAUCCAGUCUCAGUUCCUCAGUGUCUGUAGAAGCGAGAUACAACAAUCACUAGGACUUCAUACCAAAUACUUUGCACUUUAAUCUCCACCGCACAGAUGAACUUCAUAGUUAAUUGCAUAUUGCUGAAGAAUAUGUGUAAAUGCAGGGUUGUGUUGGUAUAUAUUGUCCAGUGAAGUAUAGAAACUUCACACGGAGCCUCAAUGGCUAGGAAAGAGUUUCUUAGAAUAUAUAAUUUAUAGCAAUAUGUUUUUGCCUUUUUCUUUAAAGCUGAAAAUGCUGCUUCAGAACUUAAAACAUGGUGCAGAAGAGUUUCAUUUUUUGCUGCCAUGAUAAUUGGACAUGUUGAUUUCCACUCUAUCCAUAACGAAUGAUCUGUAGCAACAUGCUGUAUAAUGCUGAUGUAUGAAGUUCUUAAUGUUUAUAACUCUGAUAAUUAUGAUCACAAAUGUAUGUCUAAAUGUAGUCUGCACUUGUUGCCUUGAUUGUUAUGUUGGAAACUAAUUACUGUAGCUAGCAGAGCAUGGUGUAGCACUGCAAUUGGAAACGUUUUAUUUUACUAAAAACAUAGGGCAUGAUCCAGCCAGAGUUAUGUACUUCUAAGUCCAUUGAUAACUUACUGUCAUUGAAAUAGAUGGAACUUAAUUUGCUCAAUUUUGGUGGGAUCGUGCCCAUUUGGGAUUAGCAUUGCUUGCUGUUAAGUAUUUUCUAUCAGCGAAGCAAGGAAUAAAAAAGUAAUUCAGCAAUUAGUUUAUGAACACUAUUUGCGACUUCCUUUAGUUGAUGAGCAUUGUAUGUGACAUAAGCAGCCUCGAUGUACACCACAAAAGUGCCUUACCAUUGCAAUAGCAGCACUGUGACAUAACAGCCGUUUUCCAAAAGCAGCAGCUAGGUCAGCACUCCUCUGAUGAGCAAUACAGAAAAAUCUGACUAGCCUAUCAAUAGUGCUAUGGAAACAUCUGCUCCAGACAAAAAGCAGAGGACAAAUUCAUACAACCUGAAAAAUAAGCCUAGAAAAUGGGUGUGUGAAUUUAGUGCUCAUUACAGUCUCAUCCAGAGUUUAACAUGGGUCUUGGUGUCUCAUGCUGCCUUAAUUUGCUCAAAGUGCUGACUUGCAGUAUCCUACUGUAACUUUGAUGGCAGCCAAGCUGCUGAGGAAAAGGGUUUGCAAGCUAGGACAGGGACACACAGGUCUAGUUCAGACAUAAUCUAAACCAUGUUCUGAUUCUACAUCAUAAACCAAGCUUAAGGGAGCUUCAGGUUCACAUGUUUCUCCCUCUCUCACACAGACCUGAGGGGAGUGAAAUAUUUUGUUUCACUUGAAGAACAAAUGAAGCUUUCCAUUAUCUAAACUUGUGAAAGCAUGAUUUGUUAAGUAUAGCUAGAUUAUUUAACCAUGGUUUGAUAUCCUAGCUUGUUCUGGUUGGUGAACAAACCAGUUUCCUGAGUUCAUGUGUAAUGAGAAGCUACAAUGUGUUCGUGAAAGCAAAAGUGUUCUUUCUCCUUCACAAGCAUGCAGGGAUAAGAAGAGGAGAAAGGGCAGCAUGUGAACCCAUCCCCCAGGGGCCUAAUAAAACCUAGGCUUCAUGUAACGCUGAACCAUGAUUUUGGAUUGUAUCUUAACUGGGUCACUGUGUGUGCUUAAGCAUGUGGGAAUCAGCAUUAGCUGACACAGCAAUAGUUAAUGUAGCUUUGAGCUGCAGUGAAGACUCUAGAACCUUAUUUGGAAGCUGAUAUAAAUUCUAGAAUAUGAAGAAGGGCCGUGGAUCAGUUCAGCUGGAGAACACUCCUCAAAACUGCAUUGGCAUAAAGCAGCCAAAAUUUAUUUGAACUAGGCUGGAAGUAGCUGGAGUGAAAGAAGCUGAAUGCACAAUUCAAUAUAGGCCUGCCCUUGGAAAAGCAAUAGCUGAUUUUAUGUGUCAGAUGACUUUUUAAAAUACCUUUUGAGUUUCAGGAAAUUAGAAGUAGGGGACUGAAAAAUAUCUCCACUUUCUGUAACUAGGAAAAGAAGUGGUGACGAUAUCUACGUAAUAAAAUGAGUUUUAAUAACACUUGAAAAUACCCACCAUGUCAAUGAAGUAGUUUUAUCAGUAUAUGCAAUUCUACAGCUAUAGAAUUUAAAAAUUGCUACUGAAAUAGACAUAAGGUUGAGCAGCAAUGCACAGACAGCAACAUCCUCCGUAAUAGAUGUGGCGCUUCUUCUCUGCAUUAUCUUUCCCUGUCAAGCUACUGUUGCAUUUUUAAGACAAAAUCUAUUUGUGAUCCUAGCUCUGAUCAAGUAACAAAUGUAGAUAUAUGCUGCAAAUACUGGAAUAUUUGUCAUGUUCUAAAAUAAUUUGUGUUUGGUUUUGUUAAAUAAAAGUAAUGGUAUUUA